AGUAAACAGAAAACGUAAAGGGAAAAAACGUCCGUGUCAGUCUUGAUACGUGUGUCCGAUGCGGUGGAUAGAAAGUGAGACGUGAAAUUGGAGCUAAUUUCGCGUGUUUCUUUUGUUCUGUUGGAAGCAAACUUGUCUAUUUGGGGGGCCAGCUGACUCGGGGCUGGAGCGAUGAAGGGAGAGGCGGAAGUGAAGUCACUUGACAGACCGUCCAUGUUAUUAUUGUUAUUUUUGUAGCCCUGCGAUGAGACGGGCUGGGGAGCCGUCGGUCUCCGAGACAACCACCGCUGACGUUACCGCAGGCCGCUCCGGACCGACACCACCACCGCCCUCGCUGACCCGGACUCAGGAGCCUCGCUGACGGCUGGGGGUGGGAGGUGGGAGGAGGAGGGUGUGAGGACCCAGCUCCAGCUCGGCUCCUUCACUACACCCUGGCCGACCAAAAAAUAAAACGGCGUUAAAAAACAAUAACGGUGUUCGUGAAACGGGGACGGUGCCGCCGCAGACAUGAACGGUAUCACCAAGGGCCGGUUCGAGGUGUUCUCAAACAGUGAUGAAGCCCCCAUUAAUAAGAAGCUCCCCAAAGAGCUUCUUCUUAGAAUAUUCUCCUAUCUGGAUGUGGUUACACUCUGUAGGUGUGCCCAAGUAUCCAAGGCGUGGAACGUCCUGGCUCUAGAUGGCAGUAACUGGCAAAAGAUUGACUUGUUCAAUUUUCAGACAGACAUAGAGGGCCGAGUGGUGGAGAACAUUUCCAAGCGAUGUGGAGGCUUCCUGAGGCAGCUGAGCCUCCGGGGCUGCCUGAGCGUGGGAGAUGCCUCCAUGAAGACGUUUGCUCAGAACUGCAGGAACAUCGAAGUGUUGAACCUGAACGGCUGCACCAAGAUCACCGACAGCACCUGCCUCAGCCUCAGCAAGUUUUGCGCCAAACUCAAACAGCUUGAUCUCACGUCCUGUGUGUCGAUCAGCAACCACUCCCUCAAAGCCCUCAGCGAUGGCUGCAGAAUGCUGGAGAUGUUGAACCUGUCAUGGUGUGACCAGAUCACACGCGAUGGAAUCGAGGCUCUGGCUAGAGGCUGCAAUGGCUUACGAGCACUGUUCCUCAGAGGCUGCACACAGCUGGAAGACGGAGCAUUGAAACACCUUCAGAAGCACUGCCCAGAACUCACCACCAUCAACAUGCAGUCUUGCACACAGAUAACCGAUGAAGGCCUGGUCAGCCUGUGCCGAGGUUGCCACAAGCUACAGAUCCUUUGUGUGUCUGGCUGCAGCAACAUCACUGAUGCCUCCCUCACUGCGAUGGGACUCAACUGUCCUCGACUGAAGAUCCUUGAAGCUGCACGAUGCUCCCAUGUUACAGACGCUGGCUUCACUGUGCUCGCCAGGAAUUGUCAUGAGCUUGAAAAAAUGGACCUAGAAGAAUGUAUUUUGGUGACAGAUAACACCCUGGUUCAGCUGUCUAUCCACUGCCCGCGCCUGCAAGCCCUGUCUUUGUCCCACUGCGAGCUGAUCACAGACGAUGGCAUCAGAGCUCUGAGCAGCAGCACCUGUGGACAAGAGCGCCUCACUGUGGUGGAGCUGGACAACUGCCCCCUCAUUACUGAUGUGACCCUGGAACACCUGAAGAGCUGCCAUCGCCUGGAGCGCAUUGAGCUCUACGACUGUCAGCAAGUCACCAGGGCGGGUAUCAAGCGUAUAAGGGCCCACCUUCCAGAGAUCAAGGUCCACGCCUACUUUGCCCCUGUGACACCCCCUCCCUCUGUACAUGGAGGUGGCCAGCGUCUGUGCCGCUGCUGCAUCAUCCUCUGACAGUGGAGGGCCAGGGGGGGCCACCUCUGUCUACAGGUCCUGCUGCUCUGAUUGGGGCUGAAAUCGGGUAUGGGGUGGGGGACUUGGGUAGGUGAAGGGGAGAGGAGGGGCUGGACCCACUCACUGCUCCUGAUCACUGAUCACUACAUAGACUGAUUGCCACUGAUCCCUGAUCAGCUGGACCCGCCCCUCCUCUCUCCUCUCGCUCACUGAUCAGCCACAGCUGCCCCUGGGGUUUGGGCAUGGAGGGGUGGAACGAAAGAAGAUGGAUGGAUGGAUGGACUCCCUCUUUUUCUCUUCGGUCUCAUUGUUUCUUCCACGCUAUAAAGAAAAACACAGGCUCUCCACGCCGUUCUGCUCCACACACCCCUGAUUCCUCAUCUGUGGGUGGAGAGGACUACACCUGGACAGCUAGAUGUGGAUGGGAGGGGUCUGAACUAUGGAACCACAAUGCAUCAUGUUCAAGCUUAAAAAAAAAAACGAUGAUAUUGUCAUCUUGGACAAGAGUUUGCUCAUCUCAACCAAUCACAUGACACCUCAUGUGACCAUCCUGUGAUUCAUUCUGCUUUUACAAAUAAACACCGAGCAUGGAGGUAGAGGAGAGCUGAUAAAAAAAACAAUACAAAACGGAUUAAUAUGAGAUGCUUCGGCACAGCCGGCUGAACUCUCCAGCGUGGAAGAGUCAGGAUUAAAACAGGACAUACAGAACUUGAAAUUUGACAUACUUGUGCAUCUGAGAAACUUUUUGUUGAGAUGUCGAUUCUGUUCGUACAAAGAAUGUUUUGCAAUGGAAAAAAAAAAAAAAGAAUCACAGUAAUGGCCACUCACUCAAAAUUGGAGUAGGCCAACAGAAGUUGUUUUCUUUCUGUUCAGUGCUUAUUGUAAAUGUCCAUGCCUGUGUCAUUCUUUUUAAAAAGGAAAAUAAGAAACUGUUGGACCUAUGAUUCAGACCCUCAGUGUCUAAAAGCAUUAUGUGGGCUCUCUGUGCUACUGGGAUGAGAGGCCUCUCCUGUGUAUUGAUGAUUAUGUUGGUUUGUAGGCCCUGAUCCAAUCCUGUCAGUAGCCCUGUGCACUAGCUCCUACCUGACGACUUAAGCAUUUGUUUACAUCCUGGAUUAGUUUAGCACUACAGACAAACUUGUUUACAUGAAUAGACCUCCAGUCUCCCUAGUGUUUAGAGCAAGUUUAGUGACACUUUUUACAACCGUGGUUUACCCACUGUUUAAUACUGGACUGUGGAGUAAGUUAUUUAAAUUUUUGAGUGUGUGUAUUUCAACAUUCAGGGCUAAAGGUGCAGCUUUGCUGAAAUGAAAACCUGCUUAAAGUUGAGAGUUUAGUUAUGACAUUGUAAGCAAAUGUACCUCAAGGUUAUGACAAUCAUGUGAAUUACUGUAUUUGAAAUUUGGUGUAGUUUUGUAUAAUUGGCAAUUUGUUGAUGGUGUAGAAUAUGAUGAAUUUUCUGUGCUCAACUUACUUAAUGCCCCAAGCAGCACAUAAGGAACUUUAAAAACAUACGAUUUGCAAUUGGUUCGGUGAGAUCCACCAAUCUUUGAUGUUUUAAAUUAAUCAGCCGUGGUUUUCCACUCACCAAAUCAUAGCUCAAACGCAUUUAAUGUAAUGCUUAAAAAAACAACAGUUUAUUUCACUCUAAUCAGACAGUUCUUCCAAUCAAGAUGAUUUAGCAUAGCCAACACAUUCAUCUGCAUGAACUCCUAGUCUGAGAACUGAUGUACAACAAAAAAAAGUUGCAACAUUGUGCUAAAAAAGACUGGCAAAUGUUGUGUAGUUGCCAAGUGCUCAAAGACUGGGGAGACUGGCAGGACUAUGGAUAGGACUGAAACAAGGAGAACAGAUAGAAAGAUGAAGAAAGUCUCAGAUGGACUCAUAAACAUAGCUGACUUGACUGGCUGUGAUACUAAUGCCCUCUCUUUGACUGCUGUUUUAACAAUUUUAUGUUUAAGAAAAUAAAGAAAUAAAUGAAAAAAAUAAACAAAUGAAUAAAUAAAAGUGACUAAUAGUAAACGUG